AUGUGCACUAAUAAAGAUGUGUUAUGGGAUGAAAAAUCCGAAAAUAUAGCUUCAAACAAUUUGAUGGCGAAAGAUGAAAGUAUUGCAAUUUGCGAAAAUAAGAAUGCUUCAAAUAAAAGGAUUUUGCCGAAACGAAAGGCAAAAUCGAUAGGGCGCGGGUAUUUUGAGGACCUAUUUGUUUUGAAUUCACCACCAAGCAAGCGUAAUCGAUCAUCAAUGGUGUUACAGCAAGCUAAGCCUGUUCCAGCUUUUAGCUAUGGCGAGAACUUAAAUAACUUUGGAUUUGAAAAUGAAGAUGAAGAGAGCGAAAGCGAUUUCGAAAAUGUUAAAUCAAAAAUGUUACAUCCUUCACGAAUAUCACUUCCUUUCCCAUCGACAGUGAUCGAAACGCCAAAACUGAGUGGGCUCAACUUCACCGACGAUGUAGCUGGAAAAAAUAAAUGUGGAAAAAUUAAUCAAAGCUUGAGCAAGCCUAUUAAACGGAAUGAUGCCUUGUGUCUGAAUGAUUGUAAAAAACCACUGAUUAUACUGAAGCGGACAGAAGUUUUUUCUGGGGUUAGGGUUAUCGACAAUGAGCAUGACUCCUCAGGAUGUGGGUCUGAAGAUAAUGACAGAACAUAUUCAGAUUCCGAAGCUAAUUCAAACUGUUGCUCUGAAGAGGGUCGAAAGUUAAGGCGUCAAAAUAACUCAAUAUGCGAAAGCAGACGGUUAAUUGGAGGAAAAAAAUCGAAUAAAAAAUAUGCUGUAUGCGGUGUUAUCUCAAACAUUCCCGCAAGGAUAAUUUGUCCGACAAAGAGAGUCGAAACUUUGGAAGCGGUUUAUCGUCGUUUACAUACCUCUGAAAUUCCCGAACGAUUGCCUUGUAGGAAGGCAGAAUUCGACCGGAUAUGCGUAUUUAUGAAAGAAAGCAUUACGAAUAAUGCGAUCUCACAGGCAAUGUAUGUAAGUGGUGUACCAGGUACCGGUAAAACUGCAACUGUACUGCAGGCUGUGCGUCACCUAAAAGCUUCUGAAAAUUUUCCUGCAUUUGAUUUUGUUAAUGUUAAUGCGAUGGAAUUAACAAAUGCGAAACAAAUAUUUGUCAAGAUUUACCAAAACUUGUUUAAUUUCAAGAAAAAAAUCGCACCAAAAACAGCACGAAAAAAAUUGAACGAUAUCUUUCGAUAUCGUGACAAAAAACGAUUACCAAUUAUUGUUUUAGUUGAUGAGUUGGAUCUGCUAAACACUAAGAAGCAGGAAAUAAUAUACGAUAUAUUUAAUUGGUCAGCGAACGAAGAAUCGCUUGUAAGUGUCAUAGCUAUUGCGAAUACUCUCGACCUUCCGGAGAGGCUUUUUUCGCAGCGCAUUUCAAGCCGUUUGGGUGCAAAUAGGCUUUGUUUCCAACCAUAUGAUCAUGAUGAAAUUGCAUACAUCAUCCGAGAUCGUCUGCAUGGUUCAACCGCUGUUGAAGCGGAAGCUAUUGAAUUGGCAAGUCGAAAAGUGGCAGCUAUAUCUGGUGAUUUGCGAAAGGCUCUGGAUAUUUUACGAAGCGCUACAGAGCUUGCGCUAAGCGCUAACCAGAAACAGCUUACAAUGAAAAACGUACACGAGGCUAUUCGUCAAGCAUCUACAAGUAUUCGGGUUGAGUUCAUACGAGCUUUACCGUGUCAUUCUGUUCUACUUCUUCGUGCUGCUCUUGCUGAACAGCUGAGUUCAGGCCUGGAUGAAUUUCAGUUUCAUAUUCUCUUCAAACAAUAUUGUUUGCAAUGCAAUGUUGCAAAUAUUAAUCCUAUGUCGACAAGUGCUGCAUAUCGAAAUGCCAUGGAAAUGUGUAGUGAACGGUUAUUAGUAGCAGCAUCUGGAACUGGUAGUAUGUCCCGACGUUUCCGUCUUGGAAUGACAACACAUGAUGUACAGUUUGCUUUCAAACAGAUCGAUGAAUCAAUUCUUUGA